UUUUUCCUUUGAUAAUGAAGAACAAGARGUGCAGGAAGGACAAGAACAAGACGAAGAAGACAACGAAGAACCUCAAGAAGAUGUGAAACUAGAGGACAUGCCUGCAGAACUCAAAGACGAAGCAGAGAAGGUAAAGCGGGCAUUUCCUCAAAUUUCCAUAGGAAGUUGCAGGGUUCUGAAGAGAUAUGGAUAUUGCAGAAAUGCUAGAAUUUCGCGUUUCUGUAUCAGCACUUGCCGACCAUGCCGUGACCUGUUUUCKUGGAGGAGCUGCCUUCAUGUGAAAACAUACAGGCAAUGUCAUCUAAGCACUGGGCGCUUUUAUUGUCGUAAGACAUGCGGACAUUGUGGUCAAAAACCAUUACCUAUUCAGUGCAAACGUUAUGCCRUAAUCAAUGAUUACACACGAAGGCAAAGCUAUUAUAACCGCAACGCGCCAAGGAAGUGUGACAGCAACUUGGUAGUGCGAUGGUAUCGCUUCCUUGGUGCACAAGGAACUAAUCUCCCGACCAA